AUGGAAUUAUCACGUUAUAACAUCGGCCGAUGUUGGGGAGAUGACGCGGCCGAAGCACUGUUUGACAACACAUUAGAAGUGGCCGAGCUGGCGAUUGAGAGGGAAAAAAGACGGCGAAACGGCAAGAGAAAAAAAAUCACGUUCGCCUGGGCGUGGCGGGGCGGGACAGGGCGUGAGUCAUCUACUGACAAGGAGAGGGAGUGUUGUGAUGACGUCAUCUUCGACCUGCUGUCCUCAUAUUGGCUCCGUGCUUUGUUUGCCAACGAGUGUCUGCCCCCAGUCAUUUCCAAGAAUCGGCCGUUCAUAAUUUGGAGCCAAGUCAACAGUUCCGCUCCCGACAACGCGUUAUUGUACCAAGUG